GCGUGCGUGUGUGUGUGUGCGAGUGUGAGUGAGCAAACAACAACAACUAAGCAGCGCAGCAGCAGCAGCACAAAAAAUCUUUGCGCGCGGGCCAUUAACAAAUUCCCAACUGAACGCCAGCAACAACAAUAACCAAAGCAACGGCAACAGUAAAGCUUAAAACUGAAAUUAGAAAUAUAUAAAUUUUCGUAUUUAAACAAUAAAAAUACAUUUGUAUAAAGCAGAACGUAAAUAAAAUCUGGUUUUAUCAGUUGGCGCGACUAACACAACCACAACAACAGCAACAACAACAUCAUCAACAACAAUAGCCAUAAUAUUAAAAGCUGGCAAGUUUUUUAGCGCGCAUUGCAAAGAAGAAGACGACGCAGUAGAAACAUAUUUAUAUAAAACAAAAAAAGCAAAAGCUACGCUCGCGUGUUAUGUGUACUCAGCGCUUGAAAUAAUAAUAAUAAAAAAGAAUAGUUGCAAACAGCUGCGCCUGGGCGCUAAAAUAGCGCCAAAAUAACCAAUUUCAUAAAGCCAAAACGUAGUCUCAGUCCAAUUGGCAAUUUAACACAGACCAAUUCCAAUUUGGUUGCGUCGCGUACCGUUUGAACUUGAAAGAGCGUGAAGCCGAGAGUGUGCCAGUGUGUGUGUGUGAGAGUGUUUAAGAGAGCGUUAACGCGCGCUCACUCGCAAGAUCAAGAUCAAGUGUUUUUUCUGGGUAGUCAAAGCACGAGUUUGGACAAAUAGCAAGAUGGCCAAUCCGCGCAAGUUUAGUGAAAAGAUAGCGCUGCAGAAGCAAAAGCAGGCGGAGGGCACGGCGGAGUUUGAGCGCAUCAUGAAGGAGGUGUAUGCAACGAAAAGGGAUGAGACGCAACCGAAUCAAAAUAUAACGGAUUAUGGUUUAGCGGGUACAGAAACCAACGCUAGUGUUGGUGGCGGCGCUUCGCCAGGCGCAGGCAAUGGCAGUGGCGGCGGUGCGUCACCAGAUGGUGUAGCAGGCAGCGGCGGAGGAGGCGGCUCACCCACAGCUUAUAGAGAAUCGCGUGGACGCAGUGUGGUGGGUGUGGGACCCAUGCGCCGACCCUCGGAGCGCAAACAGGAUCGUUCGCCUUAUGGCAGCAGCGCGGCGACUGGAGCGGGUGCUUUGGUAAACGCUUUGGGCUUGCCCAACAGCGGCCCCAACACCGGCAACAAUGGCAACAAUAACAAUGGCACACAGACAAAUCUAUAUCUAAGUCCACCCAUGGAUACAAAUUGGCGACGCUCCAAUUCGGAUUCAGCGCUGCAUCAAAGUCUGAAUAUGGCGGUGGCAGCGGAAAACGCUGUUGGCGGCAAUUUUAAUACGGAUAUGAAUCAUACGCUGCAUGCCAAUUAUCCACAGCAACAACAACAACAGCAGCAGCAGCAACAUCACCACCAGCAGCCACAGCAACAUGGUCAAAGAUCUCAUUCGCCGCAUCAUAUUGCACGCAGUUUUAGUCCGCAGGCGCAAAGAAGAAAGCCGCCAUUGUUGCCGCAUCAGCUGCAGUUGCAACAGCUGCAGCAGCAGCAGCAGAACAUGCAACAGCAGCUGCAUUUACAGCAACAGCUGCAGCAUCAGCAGCAACAUCAACAGCACCAGCAACAUCAGCAGCAGCAGCAGCAGCACCAACAACAACAACAGCCCAUGCCAUAUAAUCCAAAGUUUGCCAAUUCGUUAUUUAGACCACUGCAGGAGCAGGCCAACUUCGCCAACACUGGCUCGCUGCCUAAUCUAACUGCGCUGCAACAUUAUGCGCCCGCACAACAGCAACAGCAGCAGCAGCAACAACAGCCGCCGCAGCAGCAGCAGCAACAUGCACAACAGCUGCAACAACAAACACUCUCGCCUGUAAUGUCACCGCAUAAUCAACGACGCGAACGCGAUCAAUCGCCCAGUCCAUUUAGUCCUGCGGGCGGCGGACCCGCCUCGCCGUAUCAUCAGCCACAGCACUCGCCCACGUCCAGCGCCAACACUAGCUUUAGUCCGCUGCCCACGUUGGGCGCCAACAAUGCCAGCAACGUAGUUGGCGGCAAUCUCACCGAUUAUCGACAGCCAGCGCAUCCGUCUAGUCCGCGCAGCUCACCCGGUCUGCUCAGCAGCGUCUCAGGCAGCGAGCUGCACACCAGCGCGCCCGCCAGUCCCAUACGCGUGCAACAGUUGCCCAGCAGCGGCAGCAGCAACAACUUCGACGGCACCUACAACAGUCUGAAUCCCUCGUUUCACAAUCACUUCGAGAACUUCUCGCUGGGCGACAGCAACUCCUCGCCCGAGCAGCAGCAAAGCUUUCCCAACAACUUUGUUGCGCUGGACUUUGACGACAUGGGCAGCGCCACAGUCAAUGGCGUCAAUGGUCCGUACCAACAACAGCAGCAGCAACAGCAGGACAAGCUGCUGGACUUUAAUGAGCUCAGUGGCAGUCCCGACAGCAGUCUCAACAACAAUAAUCAGCUGAGAAGAAGCAACAACCAGCAGCAGCAGCAGCAGCAGCAGCAGCAGCAACAGCAACAAUUGCUCAACAACAACAGCAAUGGCUCCGCCACGCAUAAUGGUGGCAACAAUAUGAAUGGACCACGCAGUGAAUCGCAUCACAAUAACAAUCGUGGCGGCGCGGUUGAACCUUUGGCUGCCUCGCCCAUACCCUCGCCGCUGGGUGGUGCCAGCUCACCGCUGCCCAUACCCAUGUCAGCGCAAGCCUCACCACAACAGCUGUCCCUAUCGCUACACCACUCGCCGCAUCACUCACCGCUGCACUCGCCACAUCACUCCAACUCGCCGCUGUCCAGCAGUUCGCCCGUGAGCAAUGCCUGCAACUCCAACAUGCUAAUGAAUCAUCAGCAGCAGCAGCACCACCACCAACAUCAGUCCCACCACCAGCAGCAAAGUCAUACGCCCACCACCGCCAAUAUACCCGCCAUUGUUUUCAGCGAUUAUUCCUGCACGGCGGACUUUAACAAAGAAAUCUUUGACACACUGGACUUGGAUCUGGGGCAAAUGGAUGUGGCUGGACUUCAAAUGCUGUCGGAUCAGAAUCCUAUCAUGAUUGCCGAUCCCACAAUUGAGGAUAGUUUUCGACGCGACCUUAACUGAUACUACGAAGAGGCUGUGGCGGCCAUCGAGAGUGGUGUCCUGCUGGAGGACACCUACGAGGAGCUGCUGCUGGGCACCAGUGCUGGCAGUCCCAGCAGCGAUUGCCUGGAACUACAGCCAGAGAAAGCGUUAAGAGACGACGACGACGAUGAUGCAGCAGCAGCCGCCGCUAGCGAGAGGGACAAGAAGGAUUUGGAGGUGGUGGAGCUGUUAGUGGCGGGUGUGAUUGAUGAUUUGGUCGAUACUAACGAUUUGGAUGAGGAAGUGCGCAAGUUUUUCUUCUAAGUCUGCCUGCAGUGGAAUGUUAACUAGUUAACAGCAAAAUGUUAAGCUACUGUUAACAGACUGCUGCACCCCACCUCAGCCAAUAAGCACAAGAGAAUAAGAAGAAGAGGAAGCAGCAGCAGCUGGAGAAGAUGAGGAUGAUUUACUAACGGUACGUUUUUACAGCGAGUCUCAGAUUUUUACUUAAUUACGCACAUAAUUCACGAAAUUACCUACUACUUCUUACGAUUUACUAUCAAAAAUAUACAAAACAACAACUACU